UGUUUUGUUUUUUUAGCGCUAAAACUCACAUUCGCGGCUAUUUUAGCAAUUAGCCCCGGCUCUUCCGCUACUCGAACCCCUCAAAACUACAUCUCCCAGCAUGCUCUAAAGCUGGUCUGACCUCAUUUCAAAUGGCCCCGUAGGGCAACAAGGAUGGUUAGUUUUGACCGUGCUUAUUUGUCCCAUAAAUUAUCGAUCCUAAUUGGCAGUUAUUUGGGCUUUUAUAUUUGCCGACCUCUCGUUUUUGUACCGUGGUCACUAAAUGAAGGGCUUCUGGCCUGGGAGGGCCCAUGUAUUCUUUCAAUUGGUUGGGGAGCUGGGACAGUGUCUCUGGCAAUAACGAGAAUAGGAGGGAAUGUUGACCAGGGAGCACCGCUGCGGCCGUUCAGAGGAGCAGGAACAGGAGCCCGGGCUGAGUCUGAAAAAAGCCGGAUCCAGAAGGUGGCUCCGGAACGGCUGGAAUUGGAAGAUGGAGGAGCCGGAGGAACCGGCGGACAGUGGGCAGUCGCUGCCUCCAGUGUACAUCUACAGUCCCGAGUAUGUCAGCAUGUGCGACUCCCUGGCCAAAGUCCCCAAACGGGCCAGUAUGGUACAUUCUUUGAUUGAAGCAUAUGCACUGCAUAAGCAAAUGAGGAUAGUUAAGCCCAAAGUAGCCUCCAUGGAGGAGAUGGCCACCUUCCACACUGAUGCCUAUCUGCAGCAUCUCCAGAAGGUCAGCCAAGAAGGAGAUGACGAUCAUCCAGACUCCGUAGAAUACGGGCUAGGUUAUGACUGUCCAGCCACUGAAGGGAUAUUUGACUACGCAGCAGCUGUAGGAGGGGCUACAAUCACAGCUGCCCAAUGCCUGAUUGAUGGAAUGUGCAAAGUAGCAAUUAACUGGUCCGGAGGGUGGCAUCAUGCAAAGAAAGAUGAAGCAUCUGGUUUUUGUUAUCUCAAUGAUGCUGUCCUGGGAAUAUUACGAUUGCGACGGAAAUUUGACCGUAUUCUCUAUGUGGAUUUGGAUCUGCACCAUGGAGAUGGUGUGGAAGAUGCCUUCAGUUUCACCUCUAAAGUCAUGACAGUGUCCCUACACAAAUUCUCCCCAGGAUUUUUCCCAGGAACAGGUGACAUGUCUGAUGUUGGCUUAGGAAAGGGACGGUACUACAGUGUAAAUGUGCCCAUUCAGGAUGGCAUACAGGAUGAGAAGUAUUACCACAUCUGUGAAAGUGUACUAAAGGAGGUAUACAUAGCCUUUAAUCCUAAAGCAGUGGUCUUACAGCUGGGAGCUGAUACAAUUGCUGGGGAUCCCAUGUGCUCCUUUAACAUGACUCCAGUGGGAAUUGGCAAAUGUCUUAAGUACAUCCUUCAGUGGCAAUUGGCAACACUCAUUUUGGGAGGAGGAGGCUAUAACCUUGCCAACACGGCUCGAUGCUGGACAUACUUGACCGGGGUCAUCCUAGGGAAAACACUAUCCUCUGAGAUCCCAGAUCAUGAGUUUUUCACAGCAUAUGGUCCUGAUUAUGUGUUGGAAAUCACGCCAAGCUGCCGGCCAGACCGCAAUGAGCCCCACCGAGUCCAGCAAAUCCUCAACUACAUCAAAGGGAAUCUGAAGCAUGUGGUCUAGUUGACAAAAAGAGAUCAGGUUUCCAGAGCUGAGGAACAGUGCCUGUAAUGAAGACAGCGUGUUUAUGCGAGCACUGUGUGGAAUUUGUGACUGCAGGGGAAAUUUGGAAGAAAUUACUUCCUGAAAAUUUCCAAGGGGCACCAAGUGGCAGCUGGCCUCCUGGGGUGAGGCAGGCAAGCACCCCAGAGGCCUCAACUAGGCCUAGGGGAAGAGAGAGAUUUCCAGCAUUUAAAGUGUUUAUUUUUUAAAAACACACAAAUGCCAUUUUUAAUCUUUGAAAAUUAUUUUUAAGCGAGUGGGGAGGGAGUAUUUUUAUUUUCUUAAAGGAGACAUCAGAGGCUGGAGGAAAGUGUGGAGCUUGGGUCACAGGUUUGCAGGGUGGGGAGAACCAAGAGGCAGGGUUUGGGCUUCAGUACCAUCCAGAUGGAGUCUUUAGGGGACGGGGACGGGUCGGCAGAAUAGGAGGUGGGGAGAAAUCUACCUGUGUUGUUUUUAGGAUUAUGGAUCUAUUUUGUUUUUUAAUAAAAUCUUUGAA